CACUGUUGACCGAAAUGUUAUUGUUACUCCAGGUUAACUAUUACGGCGAUAGGAGCCAUUUUUGCUGUUCUAAUCUUUAUAGAACAACGUAUUAUAAACUUUGUAUAGACAUCUGAACGUCGAGAGUGGUUUAAUCUGUUUAAAUGGUGCUAUGGCUUCAAAUAACACAAACCAAAACACAAACAUGAAUAAUUCAGCUGGAGUGGAAGACUGCAAUGAUGGAGAAGGUGAUGGGAUAGCUCAGACAAGAGAAGAACCAAAGGUACCGCCUGCAGUACGACCAAGACCUAUGACUGCAGUAGGAGAAAGGAGACGUCCUGCUGCAGGUCGUGGUGAAGCAAGAGACAUGGGUGGUGCAUCUGCUUAUGCAAAUAAUUCACGAAGUAACGAACCCACAAAUUAUGAGAGUGGAGAUAGUGCUGCAUCUACUAACAAUAGGAAUACAAAUACUUACAGUGGGUAUGAUGACCAAGGCCCUUCAACGUCAAGUAAAUGUACUGGGGCAACAUCGACUCAAAGAAGGCAACGCACAUAUUCUCAACAAGUCAGUCGGGAGGAAUCAAGGAUUGGAGAACAGGCCAGGUUUCUCUUGAACAUGUUCAUACAAGAUCGAGCUGGUGUAGAGAACAGCCCAGUUGAGCCUGUGGUCAGGAAUGUUUGCCAAGCGGACAUGAGUCCUCAGAGUGCGGGAUUUACCGAUGAAAACUUGAGUGACAUUGCAGUAACGCUCAGAAGAAUAGGAGAUGACAUGUCUCGUGAUAUUCAACUAAACCGGUUUAUUGAUCAAGUGCCACUGAAAUCCACCAAAGAUAUUUUCAUCAAAGUGUGCUUACAAAUGUUUGAGGACGGCAACUUCAAUUGGGGUAGAAUUGUAGCUUUGUUUUAUUUUGCAUACCGUCUCAUUGUAAGAUCUCUCCUCAGUGGUCUCGACAGUCUGCCAUGGAUUCGUGAGCUCAUCUCUUGGGUUGUUGACUUCAUUGUGAAGAAGUUCGCCAAGUGGAUUAUCAGUCGUGGGGGAUGGACAAUGAUAAAGGAAUGGUUUGGAAUUUCGUCCCAAACGUUUGGUGUGCUUAUAUGUGUUACCCUUGCUAUAGUGGGCUGGGCAGUUUUUAAGAAAGACUGAUCAAAUAAAAACACUGUGGUGAACGAGUAAACAAUAUUAAAACUUGUUCUUUUUUUUGUUAAAUAACUAAAAGUGGCGAUGUAAGCUACAUUCCACCAGAAAAUGUUAACAAAAUGUCGUGUAUAAAUUUAGAGUGGUAGCUAAGUUCUAUUUUAUACUGGUGCAAGUAGAAUUGGGUUAAACCAUGUUAUUAAAGUAGCAAAUUGUUGGUAGCUAUCAGCAAGCCUCCUACAAUUCUUAAUGCUGUUUUUGUAUACUUUAAUUUAGUUUCUGUAACACUGUUCUCUUUUUAAAUUUUAUUUUUGUAGCAAAAUUGUGAUAUGUAAAUUUCAAACAAACGAUGAUGAUAUGUACAUUUAAAUUACUUUUGAUGUUUUAUAUUUACAAUAGUGCUCCAAUAUUUUAUUCACCAUAAUAAAUAGUGUUUUAUCUCAUGUUUUGUUUUAAAAACAGCAUUUUCUGCUGGUAUAAAUGAACAACUCAUUUGUUUGUGUUUUUCUUUUGAAAUUUAAUGAUUUUUGGUUCGUGCGAUGAAAAUUUACCUGGAAAGUCACAGAUGUGCGCCAAGCGUUGUACUGCAAUCUGUAAUUUUAUUGCACCAGCUCCUGUUGUUUUACAUUGUGUAUGAAUUGCAGGUAGUUACUUCCAUCUGCUGACCACAGCAAUUCUUUUGUUUAUCCACUAACACUGUCAUAACAAGAAAUGCUUUUAUCGGUGCUUCAAUUUAUUGUUUCCGCCCUUAAAAAGUUAAGGAGCAAAUCAUUGUUUUAAUAUUUUUUAUAAAAUGUAUAAGUUAAAUUUGUACAAGCAUUAAAACUGUUACAUCUGCCAGCAUCUUUGCUUCCACUUACCCUGCAUGUUUAAAAUUAUAAAAUAUCUAUCAUGUAGAAUUAAUACAGCUUUAUAUCCAG